CUGCUGCCAGAAGGUGGAGUGGUGGAGACGACGAGACGGGAGGGAACAAUGAAAGAGCUGGCUGGUAGUGCUAAGCAGCAGAGAGAUUGGAACAGCUAUGAAAAGGAGAGCGAAAAGCAACAAUAGCACUCUGAUUCAAAGAGGACAAAUGGAGAAACGGUGAAUAGGUGCAGAUAGAGAGUCGGGUCAUUUUCCACGCAGGCUGAAAAGUAUGCUGCAAAUGAAUGGAUUUGGUGUGGUGUUGAAUUGGGUCAUGCAGACCCCAAGAAGAGCGAAAGAUAAACACACACCCGCCUCUAGUUGCCUCGCAGGUUGACGGUGGAUGUGCGCUUUCGAGAGGCAAACGGGCAAUCUUACCGAAAUUCGCCAAACCAUAGAAGAUAACGGAGUCAACUCUCCAUUGGCACCGAAUAACCCUAAAUAGAAGAGCGCCUUUACGCACGGAACCAAACAGAGAAUUACUACCAACACAGAGGAGAAAACAAGACACAAAGACGGACCUGAAGUCAGUUCACACUAUAGGCUAUUCAUUUUUCAGACAAGAGAACCCUGCAUAGUUGAAACAAAAACACAACUGCAGUUUAAAAAUACAACUUUCAUAUAUGGACUCAUUCGUUGAUGUUGAAAUAUGAUUCAUUUCAUUUCAAAUAGAAUAGUUUAAAAAACAGGAGAUCUCGUCGGUUUAUUGCCACCAAACCCCGGUGAAUCAACCGGUCAGUUGAAGAGCGCAGGGGCUCCUCGCGCUGCGCAAAUGCAGGACCAUGGAGGAGACAGACAGGUCGCCAGCAGUGUGCCCCACAGCGUCAAGGCGAGCCUGUCUCUGUCUCCGUCGGGGCCGGGCCAGGUGGGCAGCGGCAGGGGCUCUCCCACCUCCAAGGUGGGCUACUGCGGUGGUGGCGGUGUGCCUGUGGAGGACAUGCAGGCUCUGGCCAUAACCUCCCUGUCGGCUGCAGAUGUGGCCAAACACUACGAGCACAUUCGCAAGCUGGGCAAGGGCACCUACGGCAAGGUGGACCUGGUGGCACACCGCACACAGGGCACCAAAAUGGCUCUGAAGUUUGUGACAAAGAGCAAGACGAAGCUGAAGAGCUUCCUGAGGGAGUACAGCCUGACGGGCACACUGAGCUGCAGCCCCUUCAUCAUCAAAGUCCUGGAUGUACUCUUCGAGACUGAGGAUAGCUACGUCUUCGGACAGGAGUAUGCCCCCGCGGGAGACCUGUUCGACAUCAUUCCCCCCCAGGUUGGUCUUCCGGAGGAGAUGGUGAAGCGCUGUAUGCAGCAGCUGGGUCUGGCUCUGGACUUCAUGCACAGCAAGAAUCUGGUGCACCGUGACGUCAAGCCCGAGAACGUGCUCCUCUUCGACCGUGAGUGCAGACGCAUCAAGCUGGCUGACUUCGGCAUGACACGGCGCGUGGGCUGUCGCGUGAAGCGUGUGAGCGGCACCAUCCCGUACACGGCGCCAGAGGUGUGCUGUGCCAGUCGUGCCGAAGGCUUCCUGGUGACCACCAGUCUAGACGUGUGGGCCUUCGGUGUGCUCGUCUUCUGCAUGCUGACGGGUAACUUCCCUUGGGAGGCAGCGCUGCCCGCCGAUGCCUUCUACGAGGAAUUCCGCCGCUGGCAGCGAGCAGGGUGCCCCACGGUGGCCUACCCGUCCCAGUGGCGCCGCUUCACUGAUGACGCCCUACGCAUGUUCCAGCGGCUGCUCGCCGCCGAGCCAGAGAAGCGCUGCGGCGUGAAGGACGUCUUCUGCUUUGUCAAGUACGAACUGGUCAGCGAGCUCCGACGCCGCGCCUCCUGCCGGGCCAAGAGAGGCGAGAGGUCCAGUUCGUCUGGCGUAUGCUCCGCAAGCUGUACCUCCAACUCCUCUUCGUCUUCCUCCUCAUCACGCUCCCACAGACACCCAGAGCCCUCCACCCCCCCUGGGACGACCUCACUCCUGCGCCCAGCGCCCCUGAAGAGGAGUGUCCUCUCUGACACCCAUUCCCCUCUGGAGGAGUCUCCUGGCCAGCACCACUCUUCUCCGGGCCGGGAGAAGACCAAGAGCCAGAUGGUGAUGGCUACUGCCAUAGAGAUCUGUGUCUGAGAAUGAGGGGAUGAGCAGCAGUGUUUGUGGCUGUUGCCACAGCGAUCGGAAGCUGUGCAAAGUAAUAGAGACUGCCAUUGAGACUGGAGUGAAAGGAUGACGCAUUACAACGCUGCUGAGAAGAACCCCAAUGUCAAAAUCCUGACUGUGCCACAGAAAUUGGUAUCAUCACUCACAACAGCGUACUAUAGGACGAGUCAUCACUAGAGCAUGCGUUUGUCAUUUUGAUUUGUGACCUAAGAGUUGGAGAAGCAACAUUCAAGAGUCCACUGACUGUCACCGUUUCUCACAGCAACUCGUUCUGCUGUUCAGCCAUUUUGCUUCUGAGCCCACACAGUAAGACUGCUAAUGAUGCUAACGAAAGAAACAACGCUAGCCGUUUCUAAACAAGGAGUUUGGUAAAAACACGCAAUGCUCUGAUGUCACAUCUAUUCUCUCCUUUCUCCCUCCUUUCUCAAUGUUUUUUCUUUCUUCCUCCACUUCUGUCUCUCAAUGAAUACAUUUAACCUGGGGAGGCCAAAACGUUAGCUGGUCAGGUGACUUUCUUUAGAAAACUAGCUGAUCUGAGGGCCAGUAAUCCAAUAGGGAAAACUGAUCUUCUAGCUGACAUAUCGCUGAACCAAUGGGAUCUCACAGAUUUUAUGAACAUUUAUGAACAUAAAAUGUGAAAAUGGCUAUGGACAAUAGGGGAGAAGGAUCGUUUUUCAAAAGAAGAAAAUAUGUGAAAGUGACUCUCUAAUGGAGCAGUUACUAUGACGACAGGACAUUGCUCAUCUAGACUGUCUGAACUGAGAUAGGACCUUGCUGUCAGACAUUGGGAGAUUCUAAUUUGGGUAAAAGUUCGUCCUCUCCUCGACUCCUCCGUCCUCUCUCCAUGAUCCGAAAACCGAUAAGUGUUCGAGUGGUGGAGGAGAGUGUCAAUUCGUUAGUAGGCGAACGAAGGAGCCUGCUCACCUCCUCGAUUACCUACUUCUGCAGAGGAAGCACAGGAGUAUCCUCGUGGUGGCAAGCGCCAAAGUAUUUUAAUACCUGCCCCUUUGAAUCAGCUGUUGUUUUCUUGAAGGUGAAAAGCAUGCAAACAUUUAAAAACGACAUGCUACUUAUCCUUGUAUCUAUAAAAUGUCUUGCACAACUAUCUAAAUUCAUUUUUUAUCACUUCAAACAUUUAUUUUGGGGAUUCCACCCAUGGAUAUAUAACAUAUGAUUCCACCCUUGUAAACAUAAUUUUCCUAAUAUUGUUUCAUAUAUAGUAAGCGAGAGAGGGAGGACGCAGGAGAGAGGACACAGGAGUUGAGCAAAUCCAAAUGAGAUUCCCCCAUUAUCUCAGGACAUCUUAGCGGGUCACUUCCUGUCUCACAAUGACUUCCUUAUUAGGGUUACAAGUGAUUUCCUCUGGUAGACAAACAGUUUAAAAGGACACAUUUCAUACAGUAACAGUGUGCUCAUUGGUUCAUACAGGCACAGGUAUCUUCAGGUGUGAAAAUAAAUGAUUUAUUAUAUUGACAUUCAAAUGCUUGGAAGCUGUUAUAGAAUAGAGUCCAGCGAUUGCUUAUUUUAUACCCGCUAUUUGUGUGUGUGUGGGACUGUGGGUGUGUAUGUAUAUGGGUGCAUAUGUGUGUGUUUGAACAACUAAAUCACACGCUCUUUGUAAUGGGGGAGAAAUGUUAAGAGGAAAAAUAGACUUUAUACUGUAAAUAUUUCAUAUGUGAAGUGGUACACUGUAUUAGCGUCAGGUAGUUCAACCAUGUAGCUUUACUAAUUUAGUUUUACUACUGGGAGGGGAUACAGGAUUUUAUGUUCUUUUUAGAGCAAUGCACUGUAUGUAGCAAAGGAAUAUGGCAAAGUAUGUACAGUAUAGGAAAGCUAUAAAAAGAUAAUGCUCUGUA